AUGGAAGAAAACUUACCGAAUUUGGCUCCGAAUUCUCUACCAAUUUCUUGUAUGAUAUGGAACGUACAGGGUGCAGGUAGUUCAAAUUUUAUUAGAUCACUGAAAGACCUAAUUCAUACUCAUAAACCGAAUGUUUUGACUCUUGUUGAAACUCACAUGGGUGGAGAACAAGCAGUUAAGAUUGCAAACAUCAUUGGCUAUGAUGGCCAUGAAAGAGUGGAUGCCAUGGGGUUUAGUGGUGGAAUCUGGGUGUACUGGAAGACAGAGUUUGUUAAAGUUAACCCGAUCCUCAAACAUAACCAACAUAUCACCAUGGAAAUUACAAGAGUUGGAGAAACACCGUGGUUUUUUUUGGCUGUGUAUGCUAGUCCGUAUCCCACGAAGAGGAAGGAAUUAUGGGAGGAGUUAAAGGACUUCGCUAGACAUAAUUAUAAGCCCUGGAUGAUUGCGGGUGACUUUAACGACACAAGAUUUCCCUCGGAAAGAAACACCUCCUGUAAGGAGACGGACAGAAGAUCAAAAUUGUUCAACAAUUGGAUUGAAGAGAUGGAGCUCGUUGAGGCGGAGUUCUCUGGGGCUGCUCAUACUUGGGCGCGUGGGCGCUCUUUGGAAACAAGGCAGAGUGGUAGGCUUGAUCGAGCCCUAUGCAAUGAGUAA